GUUUCACUUCCGCUGUUAAAGGAGACGCGCCGCGGAGGAGCGCGGCGGGGGCUGUCGAGCGGACGGGAGGGGGUCGGGCGGCCCCUUUAAACUAUGCGCGCGGCGCGCGGGCGACCAUGCAAUGGCGGUCCGUGGUGCUGGGGCUGCUGCUGCUGAGGCUGGGGCUGCAGGCGCUGCUGGCGCUGCUGCCCGCGCUGGCUCCCGGCCUCUGCCUGCGCCGCCGCUUCCCCUUCCCCUUCCCGCCGCCGCCCGCUGCCCUCGGCCCGCCCGGCGCCGCCGCCCGCCCCGGCUCCUCGCACUGGGGCUCGCUGCUGCGGCGGGGCGGUGGGGCGGCGGCGGCGGCGGGGGGCGACGAGUACGAGCGGCGGUAUAGCGGGGCCUUCCCGCCGCAGCUGCGGGCCCGGCUGCGGGACGCCGCCCGCGGCAUGUUCGUCUUCGGGUACGACAGCUACAUGCGGCACGCCUUCCCGCGGGACGAGCUCGACCCCCUCCACUGCAGCGGCCGCGGGCCCGACCGCCACGACCCCUCCAACCUCAACAUCAACGACGUCCUGGGAAACUACUCGCUGACGCUGAUCGACGCCCUGGAUACGCUGGCGGUAAUGGGAAACGCCUCAGAAUUCCAGAAAGCGGUGAAGUUGGUGAUUGACACUGUUUCAUUUGAUAAAGACUCAACUGUCCAAGUUUUUGAGGCAACAAUCAGGGUUUUGGGAAGCUUGCUUUCUGCCCACAUAAUAAUUACAGAUACCAAACAGCCUUUUGGUGAUAUGACCAUUAAGGAUUAUGACAAUGAGCUGUUGCAUAUGGCUCACGACCUAGCAGUGAGACUACUUCCAGCCUUUGAGAACACGAAAACUGGAAUUCCAUACCCUCGGGUCAAUCUGAAGAAGGGGGUACCUCCAGACAGCAAUAACGAGACUUGUACUGCAGGAGCAGGUUCUUUGCUGGUGGAGUUUGGUAUCCUUAGCCGGCUUCUUGGCGAUUCCACGUUUGAAUGGGUGGCCAGGAGAGCUGUCAAAGCACUCUGGAGUCUCAGGAGCAAUAACACUGGACUGCUAGGAAAUGUUGUAAAUAUUCAAACUGGUCAUUGGGUUGGAAAGCAAAGUGGAUUGGGAGCAGGGUCGGAUUCAUUCUACGAAUACCUUCUGAAGUCUUACAUCCUCUUUGGAGAAAAGGAAGACUUGGAGAUGUUCAAUGAUGCUUAUCGGAACAUUCAGAACCACUUAAGAAGAGGUCGAGAAGCCUGCAAUGAAGGUGAAGGUGACCCUCCUUUGUAUGUUAAUGUAAACAUGUUCACGGGACAGCUGAUGAACACCUGGAUUGACUCUUUGCAAGCCUUUUUUCCCGGACUGCAGGUAUUGAUAGGAGAUGUGGAAGAUGCUAUUUGUCUCCAUGCUUUUUACUACGCCAUAUGGAAACGAUACGGAGCUCUCCCAGAAAGAUACAACUGGCAAUUGCAAGCACCGGAUGUUCCUUUUUAUCCCCUGAGGCCGGAGUUAGUGGAAUCUACGUAUCUUCUUUAUCAGGCUACAAAGAACCCAUUUUACCUUCAUGUGGGAAUGGAUAUUCUGCAGAGUUUGGAAAAUUAUACAAAAGCAAAGUGUGGCUAUGCCACCUUACACCACGUUGUGGAGAAGACAAAGGAAGAUCGAAUGGAGAGCUUUUUUCUCAGUGAAACAUGUAAAUAUUUGUACCUGUUGUUUGAUGAAGAGAAUCCGCUGCAUAAAUCUGGAAAUAAGUAUAUGUUUACUACUGAGGGACAUAUAGUGUCUGUGGAUGAACGUUUUCGUAACUCACUGUGGCAAGACAUCCUCCCUGGAGAAGAGGACGGCGCAGGAAAAAUGAAACCUAACGACUUGAAGGCAGUCAACUUCAGUUCUAAUUGUAACAGAGUUCCUGACGAGAGGAGGUACUUACUGCCGUUGAAGAGUAACUACAUGAGACAGAUUGAUCGAAUGGUGGGCUUGAUCUGAACGGUUCUUCAGAGUAACUUUUAUCAUAUGUCAGGAGGAGCAUGGGAUUUGGCUGUAGACGUUCCUCUCCUCUUCAGCUACACACCUGCAUAUGCUGAGUCACUUGGGUAUCCCCCAUGCUUGUUAGUUUUCAAUUAUGGACACGAAGGGAGAUUGAGUUCUCUUAAGAGUUCCCUCUUCUGAACUGUGGUAACUCCAUGUGCCACCUGAAUAGAGAUUUCUUUUAAGACUUCCUAUGAAAAAUGUUGUUGCAAAUGAAGGCUGGCUAUACUUUAGAAGAAAAAAAAGAAAAUUGGCAUGUGCCACUUAGCUACCUCUUUGUAGGUGCAUUACAAAUGUCCCUUUAGAAAAGGGUCUAGUAUUUAAUUUGACAUGAUCUUGGGAUUGGGGAAGGAAUGGGAAAGUGCAAUUUCUUACACCAAGUUUAGCCAUUGGAUUAUUCCGACUAGCAAUACACAACCUUAAGUACUACUCAGGUAGGAACCCACUGGUAAUGGGUUUUGCUGAAACAAAACCGCUGCAUUUAGAAUAGUACCUUGAAAAGAUAACUCCUGAUCCUAUGAGAAGCUAGCCGUGUAGUCACGAUGUCCCUCAUAUACACAGUUGUGUAGAACUGCACGGUCGCAAGAGCCUGCAGAACCCAGUAAUAAAACAAAUCGGGUGUCUUAUUUUGUAAGGGAAUGGGGAGGGGGGAAGGGGAAAUUGCAAAGGCACUCAGCUCUCUGAGCAGCUAACUUUGUAUAGCUUAGCUGAGCAGAAGUUGCAAAAGUUUCAUUGUUUGCCACGUAUCUAGUGCCUUUUCAGGAGAGAUGCUGCUAAGAACUGGUAUAACAGUACAUGAAGAACAAACUAUCUCACAUUCCUGACAGCAAUAAUAUGUUAGUGCCUUAAGUUUUCUUCACUAGUAGGAAAAACUGAGCUUGCUUGGGAAGGUGGAUAAAGUAUUUCUGAGUAGCUGGUAACAAAAUACAGUGGAUCCCAAAGUAACUUAAAAAGUAAGUUACAAAUGAGAUGACUUCUCCUUUUUUCUUUUUUUUUUUUUUUUUUUAAGAUACUGGAAGAAUAUCAGCUGCUGUGCUCAUCCCAAAGAAUACUUGUGGGCUGGAUUAAUUCCCAGUGUCACCUUAGUUCAUAACGGGGCUGCCUCUGCAUCGCCCUGGGAUGCAGGCAGUCAGAGGUCUGAGCCUGCAGUGUGCUAACUUCCCUCUGCCACAAGACAGUCACGGCUGCAGCAGCUGUCGAUGCUGGCUGUGGUGCUGUGCUGCACCUGUAAACCGUGCCUUUUGCUUCUGGUGAGGGGUGGUGAAAAAAUGCCGUUGCUUCUUCCACCGUCUUGAAAUACAGCUCAGAUACGCUUUUGAGAAGAAAGCAGUUAAAUUCAAGCAGGGCUGUUGAGGGAUGAAAACAAACUGAGGCCAAAACAACUUUAUAGCAGUUGUUUUUUUUUCAGUGGUGCCCCAUUGCUUACAUGCUUUUUACUUUUGACUACAGCUGAAGUAGCUGAGUGUUACCGUUGGGUUAAUUAUUUUUAAAUUAAGGCUUAAAUAUAAGGGCAAACUUGAUCUGCUGUAUUUUCACCUUCUUAUAACAACAUCAGUUUUCAUAAACCGCAUGUUGCAGCUCAAAACAUUUCUAAUAAAUAUGAAGUUAGUGCUGAAGAGGUUAUUGUUUGAAUCUUUUAGUAUACAGACGCAUCUCAGGGACUCCGUUGCGGAACCUUCUGUUCCGUGAUAGUUGGAUCGUGUAUUCAGGCAAAAAAAAAAAUCAUGUUUUCUUAGUCAUGUGUGUAUUUUAAGGGGAGGAGGGUUGGAGUGGGGAGAGGGAAACACGCUAAGAUUUCCCAAAGCAUUGCAAUAGGAUCGGUUGCCUUGAUACUUGAGGCAGCUGGCAAUUCCAGCCCCUGUAGAAUUGGCUUUGCAAACCUAUUACUGGAAUAUCUUAGUGGCCUAUUUCAAAGCAAAACAUAAAUUCAAGGUGUUAUGAUCCAAAGAGGUAUUGGGAGAGGUUGAAGGUAUAGCUUCUUAACCAACCAGUAAACGUUGCCUGGCACGCAGGUACGCUUCAGGUUGUACGCAUGCGAAGAAGUGCAGGAGGGUGCGUAGAGGGAGUGCAGAAAGCAAAAAUGUCUGGGCUUUCUGAAGACGAUUCUGAGACGAUUGAAAGAUCUAAUUGUAGCUCUGAAAUGAGAAGGGCUUGGUGGUGCGGGAGCCAAGCGCAGCAUGCCACAACUGGCCGUUUAAAGUCCCGGCGUGGUGGGUGCCAGGACCGGCAUUGCCCUGGGUGUGUUGGUGGCUGCUCCUGGUAGUGACUUUUCCCUGCCUCGCAGUUUAGCUCUCUGAAUGUGCAUUAUGUACCUUGCAAUCGCCUCUCAGUGUUUUGUGCCUUCUGAAGCACCGGAACCCUGGGAAGGGCUCCAGCCAAGCGUUACGCACAGAAAUCUGUUUCAGAGUUUUCCUCGGAGAAUUACACGACUACAGUGAAGUUGCACAACUGUUCUGCCACUGUGCUUUUCCCUCUUGUACGUGGCCAGAAACAGUGAGGGGUAGCUGUAGGAUGGGAACAGGAUGGGCAGGUAUUGCAGCCUGUCAGCCCUCAGUGACUUGGACCGUUGGUUACAGUGCCAAAUAGUCUAUGGUCAGCUUCUUCUUAGAAACAGCAUUGAAAUUUGUGUUGCCAAGGUGAUCUGACAGUCAUCUUUCCUUAGGAACGGGGUUUGUCUACAAGGAGACUGGUGCUGACUAUGUGGUAAAAGGCUUUGUAUUCUUUAAGGGGCCGAUUUUUCUCUGUUUUAAAACUGCUUUGAUACAUUUUCACUCUGUAAUGGCAGGGCACGUGUUAUGCACUAGAAUUAAAACUUCUGUAUCAGUCAAUGAUAUCAAAAUGAAAUUGAUAACACUGCUGGAAUAACUUGCUGAAACAGACUUUUGUAUUUCUUGGUAUAAUGUGCAAUAUAGAUUUUUCCUAAUUAAAACUGCAAUGUAUGCUUAAUUGUUGUUUUUCCAUGAAGUAUUUAAUUGGGGAUGGGAAAUUUUUAAGAGGACCAAAUGCUCUUUCAUGAAAUGUCCUAAGUUUUCAAAACUGAGCUUAAAUUUUACAAAUCUGCAUUAAAAAACGGUGUUUUCGACCA